AUGGAGAUCAUGAAGCGGUGCGACCCGACGCAAACAGGUGGCCUUUGUAAGAAGGAACGGAGGAUCUCGAAGACCAUGCCGAAUGCAGACGUGCACGAAAAAGACAUACGAGCACCGACUAGGGCAAGCAAUCUCACUGUUAGAACAAAAUCUCUCGCCUUCGAGCAUAAGCACAAGCAUCGAAACUGUGCAUGUCGAAGUCGAGGUGAUGGUGUGUGGUUGGUUUUGAGGAGCAUGUACCUCGAUAAUCGAUUGCCGAAUUCCGGAUCUGCAGUCAGAAGGGCAACCUUCAUAGACCAGAUUGCUUCUCCAGGGAGACUCAGACAUCGUGGCAUGUUGAGCCGUUUCUCGUGCGGCUUCUUGCCGAUCGCGGUGGUGCGACAGUUGCAGCGAGGCUGUGGGAAGCUGGUGUCACCGAAAACGUAUCAUGAGAAAGUGGUUGAGCAUUAUAACAAUCCGCGCAACGUCGGCAGCUUCGACAAGGACAAUCCUGACGUUGGAACGGGGCUUGUAGGUGCUCCAGCGUGCGGCGAUGUGAUGAAGCUGCAAAUCCGCGUGGAUGAGAAGACUGGCAAGAUAAUUGACUCCUGUUUCAAGACUUUUGGCUGCGGAUCGGCUAUAGCGUCGUCUUCAGUAGCCACCGAAUGGAUCAAAGGGAGGCCAGAGAAGGAGGUACUCUCCAUCAAGAACAGUGACAUAGCAAAGUAUCUCGUUCUUCCACCAGUGAAGCUACACUGCAGUAUGCUUGCUGAAGAUGCAAUCAAAGCAGCCAUCAAAGAUUAUCAGUCAAAACAAAUCUUGGUAAUAAUAACAAUGGUACUUAAAAUAGAAAUAGAAAUAAUAAUGGUACACCACUUCAUUAAUACAUGAUCAUUCAGAUGAAUAACAUACUAAUGUUAUGUUCACAAUUCUCUAAACAAACUUUUAGAGAUUAUGUAAUGUAUGCAUCUAGUUGGAAAAUUUCAAAAAAUUACUUACUUAAAGAAUCAACAAUGUUAUUUUGAAAAGUUAGGGUAAAUUUAGAGAAGAUAAAGAAUGUGGGUUUUCCUUAAAUACUAUAAUCGUUUUAAACUUGAAAUUUUACACAGACUGAAUAAAAGUAGAAACAAGGUGAAAUAAUACAUAAAAUAUCAGAAGUCGUAACAGCAGACAAAUCUUAAACCAAAAGUUGAAAAUAAAAUAGA